AUGGACCUCCCCGCCCGACCCGUCUCACCCAAGGCUGCGCCGUUCCCGCCUCUUCCCUCAGAGGAUCCCUUCACUGAGACACAAUGGAAGACGUUGCUCGCCAUCGCUGAUGCCGUCAUUCCAGCUGUCAAGCCCAUGGCUAUAGCCAAUGCCGAGACGGAGCAUACAGCCAAGGGCAGUGAAUACUCCACAGCCAUAACCACCCUCGAGCGCCGUUCGGACAUGUCCAGUGAGGCAAUAGCAAGGGCCUACCUGGACGAGACUGCUUCGUCUAUUCCCGCGUUUCGGGAAGGUCUGUACAGGACGUUUGGCAUCUACAUGCCCCUCGACACCAAGAAACAAUUCGCCAUGAUCUUGAACAUUCUCGAUACCCGGGCUGGAUCUCUACUCCUUACUGGUUACGUGACCCCGAUCGGCUCCCAACCUCUCCACGUCAGAGAAUCUAUCCUUCGCGGCUGGUCCACCGCACGCCUGCCCGUUCUGCGCUCGCUCUAUCAGUCUUUCACCAUGCUCAUAAAGCAGACCUGGGUCCGAAGCAGCCCCACUCUACGCAAGGUCAUCGGUAUCCCUCGCGUCCCCUUGAACAUGGUCCCCGGUAAAGGUCAUGACUACGCAUUUCUGCAGUUUCCACACGGCGAGGAACCCGAGAUUGUCGAGACGGACGUAGCCAUCAUUGGAAGCGGGUGCGGUGGUGGGGUGUGCGCAAAGAAUCUUGCCGAGGCGGGCCACCGGGUCAUGGUCGUGGAAAGUGGCUAUCACUGGACUCCUGACCACUUUCCGAUGGAGGAGGCAGUUGGUUGGAGUCAGCUGUUCAUGAAUGGCGCUUGCAUUUCUUCCGAUGACUCCACCAUGACCAUCCUUGCCGGUGGCACUUGGGGCGGCGGAGGCACCGUCAACUGGAGCGCGUCUCUGCAGACCCAAGGUUAUGUGCGCAGAGAGUGGGCUGCAGAGGGACUGCCCUUCUUCACGUCGGCCGAGUUUCAGACAUGCCUGGAUCGCGUCUGCGACCGCAUGGGGGUGUCGACGGAUCACAUCAAGCACAAUGUUACGAACCAGAAGCUGUUGGAGGGUGCGCGCAGGCUGGGCUACACGCACAAAGCCGUCCCGCAGAACACGGGCGGAAAGCAGCACUCGUGCGGAUUCUGCAGCUUUGGAUGCGGCAGUUGUGAGAAGCAGGGUCCGGUCGUGUCGUUUCUUCCUGAUGCCGCGAGGGCGGGCGCCACCUUUGUAGAGGGCUUCCGCGCCGAGAAGGUUCUCUUCAAGACCGAGGGAGGUGUCAAGGUUGCAACCGGUGUUCAGGGAGUGUGGACGUCUCGAGAUGGCACUGGCAGCGUCAUUGGAGAGCCGCUGGUGCGUCGCAAGGUCAUCAUCAAGGCGAAGCGCGUCAUCGUAUCCGCAGGCACGAUGCAGAGCCCGCUCCUGCUUCUCCGGUCGGGCUUGAGGAACCACCAUAUUGGCCGGAACCUGCACAUUCAUCCCGUCUCCAUCGUCGGUGCCAUCCAUCCAGAGGAGGUGAAACCGUGGGAAGGCUCCAUCCUUACUUCGGUGGUCAACGAGUACGAGAACAUUGACGGCAAAGGCCAUGGCGUCAAGCUCGAGGCUAUAAACAUGGUCCCCUCGUUGUUCCUCAUCUGGUUGCCGUGGAAGAAUGGGUUCGAUUACAAGCUCAAUGUGUCUCGCUUCAAGAACAUGGUGGGCUAUAUCUCCAUGGCUCGGGACCACGGCUCCGGCACGGUGUAUCCCGAUCCCGUAGACGGACGCGUCCGCUUCAGCUACACCGUCUCGAAGCUCGACAAGCAGCACAUCCUAGAAGGCAUCGUCGCUCUCGCGAAGACGCAGUACGUCACAGGUGCGGCCGAGAUCUUCACCGUGAUUCCCGGCGUCGAGCCCUUUGUGCGCAACCCGGAAGCUGCUCACGAAGGCAUCAAUGACGCCCAGUUCCAGGCAUGGCUGGACAAGAUCCGCGCCGUCGGUCUGCCUAGCCCAGACACCAUGCUUGGUUCUGCCCAUCAGAUGGGUACGUGCAGGAUGAGCUCGUCGCCCAAGACGGGUGUCGUGGAUCCGCAGGGCCAGGUCUGGGGCACCAAGGGCCUCUAUGUCGCCGACGCAAGCGUGUUCCCCUCGGCCAGCGGCGUCAACCCCAUGAUCACCAAUAUGGCCAUCUCGGACUGGAUCUCGAGGAACAUUGCGAAGGGUCUGGAGGCCCACCCCCGCUUGUAA